CGUGUUCCUUUGACCUUGUUGACUCCAAAAGAAGCUUCCAAAGUAAAAAGGGCCAAUUGCUUGCUUCUUGCCCUAAAUCUCUUUUUUUCCCCUACUUUCUCAAGUUUCAAAUGGACUGACAAUAAUAAUGAUUAUUAUUUUCAUAUGAAUUCAGUUGAUGUCAACUGAAAAUUCAGCUGCACAGUUCCUUGAUCCAGUGAAUUAGGUUUUGGAUGGUGAGGAACUUGGCAAUUUUGGAACCGAAAUGCCGGGUGAUCGGUAUUUUACUCGUGUAGAUACUUCAGAGUUGAAAUCUCGGAUCGAAAGGAAGAUUGGUCGUGUAAAUGCUGGGAAAUAUUUCCAUCUGGUUGCUAGAUUUUUGAGUCUUAAGAUCGGAAAACCCGAGUUUGAUAAGCUCUGCAUUGAUACAAUAGGGCGAGAGAAUGUUUAUCUUCAUAACCAUCUCCUUAGAUCAAUUAUUCGAAAUGCUUUGUUUUCGAAGAAUCCUGCAUUGAAAUUGGAAGGUUCUUUAAGUGUUGAAUCGCCAAAUGGGCAUCGGAGAAGUAAUCUUCAGUCGUUGUGCAAAGAUAUUCCUCAAUCCCCUCGUAAAGGUCGGACCCCGAAUCUUCGAGACCGUAAGUUGAGGGACCGAUUGAGUCCUUUAGGGCCUCAUGGGAAAAACCCUAAAGUUCAACAACAGCAGAGUGUGACUGAAUUGCUUUCGUUGGGUAGCAGACCCCCCGGUUCUGUGGAGGACGGAGAAGAAGUUAAUCAAGCUGAAGGGAGUCCGAGCAUUCACAGUAGGAGUCCUGUUAGAGCCCCACUUGGCAUCUCUUUCAACGCUAAAGAAACACGGAAAGUUCCUCGGAACGGAUUGGAAUCUGCUCCCAGGACUUGUCAUUAUAGAGGUGAACUGCCCGAUACCAGUUCAUUGAAAAAGAGGUUGGAACGGAAGUUGGAGAUGGAGGGAUUAAGCAUUUCAGUAGAUUCCGCUGAUGUGUUAAACAAUUGUCUCGAUGUUUUCUUGAAGAGAUUGAUAAAACCGUGCUUGGAACUUUCUAGUUCGAGAUCCGGACAGAAACUUAUAGAACCAGGUCAUAAUUGGUGCAUGUCCUCUUUGAACAGGAUUCAACCCGUGAAAUUUGGCCUAAAUCAAAGUCGGCACAUUUCAGCAUCAAUGUUAGACUUUCAAGUCGCAAUGGAGCUAAAUCCCUUCAUUCUUGGAGCAGACUGGCCAACACAACUCGAGAAGGUCUGCUUGCUUGCCCUAGAAAGUGAGCAGUAUUUUGCCCGAUUAUUUGGGUCAGAAGCAGGUUCCAUCCCGAGCAAUUUUGAAGUAUUUCGAUUAUGAAGUCCAUUCUAGCAUGGAUCUUGGUCAUACUAUUAACAGAUGAAGUAAAUAAUAAAGGCUACAAGAGCUUCGAGUCAAUCUGAUUUAGAUUGUAUAUAGGUCAUCACUCUGAUCGAUCCCGGAGUAGUGACAUUUUAACACGGUGAAGCCCAACUACAUUGAAUCUACUUGUUUCGAAUAGGUUAGCAACUAUCUCACUUUGGUAUCUAUAGUUUUCGAUUUGCUUUGUCGAACACUUAUUUAUAAAUAAUGAAUUUCAUCUUCCAAGUUUUCAUGCCUGCAAA